AUGCCCGGAGCCGCCGCCGCCGCUGCCGCCGCCGCCGCGAUGCUCCCGGCUCAGGAGGCUGCCAAGCUGUACCACACCAACUAUGUACGGAACUCGCGGGCCAUCGGCGUGCUGUGGGCCAUCUUCACCAUCUGCUUUGCCAUCGUCAACGUGGUGUGCUUCAUCCAGCCCUACUGGAUCGGCGACGGCGUGGACACCCCGCAAGCUGGCUAUUUCGGGCUCUUCCACUACUGCAUCGGCAACGGCUUCUCCCGGGAGCUGACCUGCAGGGGCAGCUUCACGGACUUCUCCACGCUGCCCUCUGGCGCCUUCAAAGCCGCCUCCUUUUUCAUCGGCCUCUCCAUGAUGCUUAUCAUUGCCUGCAUCGUUUGCUUUACCCUCUUCUUCUUCUGCAACACGGCUACGGUGUACAAGAUCUGUGCCUGGAUGCAGCUCACCUCCGCUGCCUGCCUUGUGCUUGGCUGUAUGAUUUUCCCUGAUGGCUGGGACUCAGAUGAAGUAAAACGGAUGUGUGGAGAGAAGACAGACAAGUACACUCUUGGGGCUUGUUCAGUCCGCUGGGCCUACAUCCUGGCUAUCAUUGGGAUUUUGGAUGCUCUCAUCCUCUCGUUUCUGGCAUUCGUGCUUGGUAACCGACAAGACAGCUUGAUGGCAGAGGAACUGAAGGCAGAAAACAAAGGUAAGAUUGCUUUGGGGAACUCUUACCCCAAAGCACAAAACAUGGCAUUCUCCAUCCUGUCCCAUCUGUUUAUUGAAAUAUAG